GCUUUCCACUCACGACUGACCUGCUUCUUACACUAUAAUUCAACAAUUGUAGGCGAAACGCUUCAUCUCUCGGACAUAUAAGAACAUAUAUUUGCCCUCAAAGUUGAUUGCACCCCAAUGUUGUCCUUUUUACCCUGCUGAUUAUUAUCUGCGACUAAUUCAAACUCAAUAUCGUAUCCUUUGUCGUUCUACUCCUACACUGUUUGACAAUGUCGCGCCGAGCAUGGAACAGUGUGAUGGAUGCAGUUACUGGCCGCGGCUCCAAGAUCUGGGAGAAACUCGCCCGACCGACAGUCGGGAGAGGCAAAACUCAAUGGCCGAAAUCCGCAAGUGAUUUGGAAAACCACGGCGUCCGUUUUGACUAUGAUGGUACCAUUGAAGAGAAUGGACUUGUGUACCACAAGUUCCAGGUGCAGCCCAAUGCUGGAAAGAUUCCCAGUUCAUGGAAAGACUGGAGGGAUAAGCAUGGGGGGACUCAUGCCGUCAUUGGGACCGUUAAAGUCAAGCAAGACGCGACAAAGGAUGAGGUUGAUGAGGCACUCAAGUCACUUGAGGAAGAGCUUUAAUCGGAGUAAUAUUAUUCCUUGUUAACCUCGCCAUUGUCGGAGGUUUAGGAUUUGGCAACUUGUGGGGUCCCAACUGAAAACGGGAUCCGAGAAUCUUGAUGUGGGGUUGGUAUGAUUAGCAUCUUAAUGUAUCCACUCUUUGGCCUAGCCUUCUCACUACAAAGUACUCUUGAGAUUAUAUGGGUUACGAUUUUUUAUUACUCAGUGUAACGAUACAUGCGUACAACAUGGG